AGGAAGUAGGAAGUACUCCGUCACUGGAGCUCUGUUUGGAAACCAAGGCUUAAAAAGACAAGGGGAAGCCUGUUCCACAGAUCCGUGGCGAAUGGGCGGCGGCUCCAACCGAGCCAGCGUCCCGUCCGCCUGAGCCGGGGGCCGCGUGAGUGCGAGUCCGCGGGGGAUCCGAUUGGAGCCGCAGCAGCGACUGGAAGAUUUCUUCCUGUUUUAAAGGGACACCAGCCUGAAAGUUCAUGUCCGAAGUGGUAUGGGGGGGGCCUGUAAGGAUGGAGAUUAGUGUCACGCAGAGCAGCGGCCCGGGUGGUGCUGGAGCCGGAAAUGCGGCCGCGACCCCCCUCCAUCUGGCAUCCUGUAGGCUGUGCCUUGGCGAGUUCCCCGGGGAGGCCUUCAGCAAACUGCAAUCCUGCGGCUGCCAGUUCUGCACCUCAUGCCUGCAGCAGUAUGUACAGCUGUCCAUCCGAGAGAGUGGAGGGGGUCCCAUCACCUGUCCAGAUGCGGCCUGUGGGGGAGCUGGGGUCCUAGAGGACUCGGAGAUCAUCUGUUUUGCUCCAGGAGAGCAAGUGCAGCUGUAUGAAAAGCUGAAGUUUGAAAGAGAUGUGCAGCUGGAUCCGGCUAAGACAUUCUGCCCCUCGCCGCACUGCCAGGUGCUGUGCCGCGUGACGCCUGCUUUGGCGGGCCGCCCGGCCCCCAUCACAUGCCCCGGCUGCCGCACCGUCUUCUGCUCCGUGUGCCGGGGGGGCUGGCAAGGCGGGCAUGCCUGCUCAGAGCUCCGGCCGCUCGUGGCAUCAGAUGACAGGUGGCCGAGCAUCACUGAUGCAGACACCCCCGUAAAGCAGUGUCCCGCGUGCGGUGUCCACAUCGAGCGUGACCAGGGCUGCGCGCAGAUGCUCUGCAAGAGCUGCAAGCACACCUUCUGUUGGUAUUGCCUUCAGAACCUGGAUGGGGACAUAUUUCUGAGACACUACGACAGGGGGCCAUGCAAAAACAAGCUGGGUCACUCCCGUGCUUCAGUCAUCUGGAAUCGGACCCAGGUGGUCGGCAUUCUGGUCGGCGUCAGCCUCCUCGUCCUGGUGACCUCUCCCCUGCUCCUACUGUUGUCGCCAUGCAUCUUGUGCUGUGUCUGCAAGGGCUGCGUGGGCAAUAAGAGGAAAAGGGAGCCGAACCAAGAAGACUCCACCGUGUAGCUGCAGAGACUCCCUUCUUCAAAAAUCGGUGUACAAAUGCUUACGCACUCCCGACACUAGGGGGAGCAGCUUCACCGGCUAAUUGAAAGCCGAAGUUUGUUGUUCUUAAAUUCAGGGGCGUAGGAACUGGGGAGACCGUCCCCCCAGUAUUUAAUUUAGCUUCAUUCACCCCCCCCCUCCCCCCCUAAUAACCAGACCUUUAUUUAUAUUAUUAAGUUGUGUCCCACCCAGUCUCAAGCUCUCUCCUAUGCAAUUGCUUAAAGUUAUUACGAGAUAUACAAAUGAAGCUCUAAUCAAUUCCUAAUAAAAGCAAAAAAUAUAUAAACGCAUUAUAAUUUUAUACAGUACGCACCUAUGGGAAGGGGGAAAACGGUAGGGACGUUAGGGUUUAAUGUAACAGCUGUAUCAUUUUAUUUUGCCUGCUCUGUCUAAAACAAAUGCUCUGAUAAAAUGGACUGUAAGAUGUGUUUUAAUUGAUUUGGUUUCCUUUUGCAAUGUAUAUGUUCCUUAUUUGAUAUUUUGUAGCAAUUAAAACGGUGCAACAUAAAGAACAA